AAUUGGAAUUCCAAUCGGAACACGAACAAAUUAAUCUGAAAUCUAAUUAGAACCGGACAAAUUAAUUGGAAUCCCAAUCAGAAUCUGAACAAUCAAUAUGUCACGCGGCCACAACAUGGCUGUACAUGGAGUGAAAGAGCAAUGCACGGGCACUGUGCUAGUGACUAUAAUUCCAACAAAUUUGGUAAGAAAAAAAAGACAAAAAAUCUAAAUAUAUUCCAACAAAUAUAAAAGAUGAAAAGUAUUCAGAACAGAAAAAGUGGUGAAAAAUCUAAAGAUAAAUAUUAGGAAACCAAAUUUCUAGGAGAAAAUUUUCCAAAGAAAAAAAUGGAAUCAAAAUUUAAGGACAAAAGGAGCAAAAGUUGAAGAAACAGGAACACACAAAAAUAUUUGAAAAAUUAUACAAAAAGUUUUGCAAAAAUGUUAAAAGCAUUUGUCAGAAAAAAAUUGGAAACAAACAUUUGUGACAAUUUGGAUCUUUAAAGGAACUUUACACUUCCAAACAUCUACUAUGGGCUGGCCUAUCACUCCCAUAAAUUCAUAACUCUAUGCAGGGAUCUAGAAAAGACCUUAUUUCUUGGCCCGGUCCAACCAAAAUCUAGAAAAGACCUUCCUGUAAAAUGUUAUAGCAUAGUGACUACUCAGCUGCAGCAAAGCCGGCAGCUGAAACUCGAUCGCCACCCCCCAUGAAUAACGGGAGAUGCAAGGACGACGUGCCGUGCCAAGGCCCCAUCGUCAGCAGCCGGCUGUCCCCUCGGCGGUCCAUUCGUGGCUCGAAAUUUCCACAUCGAAUCGAGGAACUGGUCGAUGUCAACCUAACUCCCUCACUUGACUCUCACGCACCCGCACCUCGCCGACGCCGAGUAAACCAGCAGUCCAGCACAACCCCCAUGGUCUCUCCCUCCGCUUCCCAUUCACACCACGCGCGCGAUGGCUCCUCUGCUCCUCCACCUCCUGCUCCCCGCCCUGCUCCUCCUCCUCGCCGUAGCCGACGCCCUCCCUCCUUCGUGCAGCGAGGUCGUCACCUGGGCCGGCCUGGUCGUCCAGUACCCGUUCAGGCUCGACUCCUCCGCGUCCCACUGCGGCUACCCUGGGCUCGACCUUGUCUGCGAGCGCAACGCCACGCUGAUCCUCCCCGUCAAGUCCCACCGGUACCGAGUGUUCAGCAUCAACUACACGGCGCACACCGUCGUCGUCUCCGACGCCGCCGUCGUCGACGAGUACGCCGUCGUCGGCUGCCCGCGCCUCCGUGUCAACCUCACCAUCGACUACGCGAGCUCCUGGCUGCAGCUCACGCAGUCCGUCUCCAACGUCACCUUUUUCUAUAACUGCAAGAAGAACAUUUCCCGGUCAUCCGCUGUGGAGCUGACCGGGUGCCGGCAGGACGGCAAGAGGUCGUACGCGCUGCAGGACGGCUGGAUCACGGGAGCCGAGGCGUACGAGUACGAGUGCGAGGAGGUGGUGGUGGCGCCGGUGUUCGAUGUGCACAAGAAGGCAAUUGCGGGUGCGCCUGGUCCGCCUCCGGGGAACGGAUCGUUCGGUUUCCGUGAGCUGCUGCAGGGUGGGUUCGAGCUGAACUACGACACCCACUCCCAGCUGUGCGACGGGUGCGAGCGCUCCGGCGGAUGCUGCAGCUACCGGCACAACCAAACCAUCGGCGGCAUGAACUUCACCUGCUACUGCGACGGCGGCCCGGCCACGGCGCGUUGCGGACAUGGUAAUAAGAGAACUAGAAUGGAAAUUGUUGCAAGCACAUCGGGCCUUUUAUUUCUGUGUCUACUUAUUCCCGUGGUCUUCUUAACUUGCAAAUAUGGUUUGCUGCCCUUUAAAUCGAAGAAUGAACCAAGGAUUGAGUCCUUUUUACAAAAGAACGGGAGCCUACAUCCGAAAAGGUACCGUUAUGCAGAUGUAAAGAGAAUGACAAAAUCUUUUGCUGUGAAGUUAGGCCAAGGUGGAUUUGGUGCUGUAUACAAAGGUGACCUCUCUAAUGGCUGCCAGGUGGCAGUUAAGAUGCUAAAGGACACCAAGGGUGAUGGGGAGGAAUUUAUGAAUGAGGUGGCUAGCAUUAGCAGAACGUCUCAUGUCAAUGUUGUUACAUUUUUAGGAUUUUGUUUGGAAGGAUCCAAAAGGGCUCUAAUUUACGAGUACAUGCCGAAUGGUUCACUUGAAAGGUAUGCCUUCAGCAAUAAUAUCAACAGUGAAAAUACACUAAGUUGGGAAAAAUUAUUUGACAUAGCAAUUGGCAUUGCUAGAGGACUUGACCGCCUGUUCGCCUUCGCUCUCACCGCCGUCGCCUCCGCCGCCGUUCGUGCACCGCCAUCAACCGCCGUCCGCCGCCCGCACCGCCUGACCGCUCGUGCAUAG